UAUACGGCUGUGUUGUAUGCUUGUUGCAUGGAGGUGUAUAAGGAGGGUAAUCUCUCGAAUUUCACUGAAGCUCACAGAAUGGAGCAAGUCAGUACGUUUUUUUGCCAGUGAUGACGCUAGUAGCGAGAAGAUCCAAAGUCACAUGGUGUUUUUGUUUACAUUUUUUUUUGUGUAAAAAAAUAAAUAUUGCAACUGAAUAAAACAAUAACAUAUUAACAUAUAAUUUUUUAUUUUCAUUGGUGAAUACAUAUAAACUAUAAAUUAUACUAGAAAUAUGGUGAAAACAUGCAUUGCUUGUGGUUGUUCUAAAGCAAAAACGAAAAACAAUGUUGCUAUUUUUUCUGUCCCAAAGGAUCCAGUACUUUUUGAUGCCUGGAAAUCAAAUCUGCAAGGACUCAGGAAACCUCUUAGUGUAUCAAGUUAUGUUUGUGAAAAACAUUUCCAUCCAAGUGAUAUCAUAUCACAUUACAUUGAAAAAUUACCAUCAGAAACUUGGUCUUUACCUUAUGGUAAAAAACGUUUAAAAUCUAAAGCUGUCCCAUUGACCUCAAAUAUUUGUAUGGCUCCAGAUAAUAAUAAUUUAUUAAAUAAUAAUACGGAGUUAAUGGAAUGUAAUGUUGAUGAACCCAUUGAGAAAAAUGAUGAUGUGGAAAUUAAUACUAAUGUUGAUUUAUUUAUUGAGACAAAUGUUGAUCCAGCAAAUGAAACCAAUAAUGUUGACAUGGAAUCAAAUUAUAAUUUAUCAAAUAAAACAUCAUCAAAUACAGUACACGUGUCAACUCAAACUGUAUUAAACAUAAUAGAUAAGUCAACUCAAACUGUAGAUCAUAAAGAAGGAGAUAUUGAACAACACAACAACUCUCAAGUACUAUUUACUUUUGAUACUUUGCUCAUGAACUUAAAUAAAUUGAAAUAUUCUGGAUAUUGCAACUGGGUUCAUAUUGUAGCACCUGAUAAAAAAAAAGUAACUUUUUUAUCAAUUUCAACUGAUAAUAUAUUACGACGAGUUGAAAUAUAUGAUAAUUUAAGUUCUCGAGUUAUAUUAGAGUUUAUCCAAGUACAUGAAGACUUUUUACAUGAUGAUUUUCAAAAUAUGAAUGAAGUUAUUAAGUAUUUAACAGCAGUAUACAAUUGGAAUCUAUGUGCUACUUUAAAAAAUUCUAAAAGAUUUACUUCUGAUAGAGUUUGUGAAGGUAUUGCUAGUUGUGACAGACAAAAUAUGGGUCGGCCAACGUUGAGAUGCAUGCCUUGCAAUGUAGAUAUUGAAGCUCGUAAGUGGCGAAAGCCUCCACCAGUAACCAAAGUGAAAAAAGUCUUGAAAAAGAAAACCUUGCAACAAAAAGUUAAACGAUUUAAGAAAAAGAUUGAAUCACUUGAAACACACGUUUGUGAAUUAAAACAAAAAUGUGCAAGUGUUAAAGAACAAACAUUAGAUGAUGCUAUCCAUAAUUUGAAAGAGUAUUGAUUAUAUAUAAAAUAAUAUUAAAUAUAAAAAAUUAUUCAAAGAUAAAAAUUACAAUUUAUUUAUUAGUUACUCUAGUUGUAAUUUAUUUUUCUAUUUAUUAUUGAAAAUUAAAUUUUGUCAGUAUAGUAGUUCAUUUAUUUUGCCUAUCAUAUGGAGUGAUCACUCCAUGAUCUUGACAAAAAAAAUGUAAACAAAAACAUCAUGUGACUUUGGAUCUUCUCGCUACUAGCGUCAUCACUGGCAAAAAAAUGUACUGACUUGCUCCAUUCCGUGAGCUUCAACAGCUCCCUAUGCUUA